AUGCUUGAUAUCUUAAAAGCUCUCGAUGUCAACAUGUCAGCUGAUGACCGCUUAGAACUUCUUGGCAACCACAUUGAAAAGUUCAAAGAAACACUCGUUGAAUUGCAAAAUAUUACUAAAGAAUGGCCUCGUUUACCAAGUGAUUCUCCACAAGAUAAAGUCGAUAUCAAUUUCAAGCAAUACUAUCAAGCAUACGAUUCAUUGAAAGUCCUUUUAUCUCCAUCUGAUGAUGGAUUCAAAGAAUUAACACAACUCAAGAAUAAUGUCAAUAGUGCUAGAGAUGAACUGAAAUUCGCUCUUAAGAAUAAGUCGAUGGUAGGUAUUCAAUCAUGCCUUGAUAAAGCAAAACGUCUUCAAGAUUUGUUACAACAACAAAGAGUUAAAGAGUGUCAAUAUAUUGAAAUUCUUAUUCACCGUUGGAGAACAGCUGCUUUAACAUUUGCUGGUGACUUAAAUACAAAAUAA